AUGAAAUCAAAUUGUCCAGAAUCUUUGAAUUUAAGACAAAAAAAAUUUGCACAAGUAGCAAUAAAGUAUUGGGAAGAAGCAUUGACAGUCAAGAAACCUGGAAGUGGAAAACAACUAGCAAAAAGGUAUUGUGAAAGUGGAUACUAUUACACAGCUAUUGGGAAUAACUCCAUAUUUUGUCGUCAGUCGAUGUGCAAACGCGAUGUUAUGUGCGGACGGGUGAAAAUUCCAGAUCAGUAUGUAGGGGAAUGUUAUCAAGAAUAUUAUAACCGAUUACACAGAACUUACAAUAAUGGAAGUGGAAUACCAUCUGCCGGUUACAUCCUACUUGUUGAUGCUAUAAAUUCACGUACCUGUUCUGGUAGUACAGCAGCAUUUGCAUCAUCAUGUUUAAUGGAUGAGGAAACAGAUAGGCCAAUUCUCGGAUUUGUAAAUGUGUGCCCAGGAAAAAUGGGAGUUGAUUAUCCUGAAGAUAGAAAUUCACUUGGAAUUUUCUUGCAUGAAAUUGGUCAUGCACUUGGAUUUUCAUCAUCCAACUUCCCUUUUAUGCGCUUUCCAAAUGGGAAAGCUCGAACUCCCAGGGACGAUAAACGUAAGCCAAAGUACAAAGAUCAAUAUGGAAAUUAUAUUCCGAGCGGCAGGAAAAUUAUCCCAUUCUGUGACAAUGUCAAUGAAGCAAGAUGUCGGGAUGCAUUCUCAUAUGGAACGUGCAGUAUUUUAAGAUAUCAAAAUCCAGUUCCCAUAGAAGAUCGUUUCUUUCUAAAAGCCCCAUUUGAUACUCAAUAUGGUCCUGAAUAUUUCGGUGGGGAAGAUCCAUUUAAAGAUUAUUGUCCAACAAUGGUUUACAAGUGUUAUAAUGAUGGAACACUUGGUUUAUUCUUUAAAGAUUCAACUGUGAAUUGUACCAGGAAAGAUCUGCCAGUACGUUUUAAUGUAACUGAUGGAAAAUCGAGACUUAGUGGGGAAAUCUUAUGUCCUAAUGUUAACAGGUUUUGCAGGGAGCAUGGAUUACCUAUUCAUUCUGAUAAAAUGAAUAAACGAAACAUGCAUCCUCGAAGAUUAACGUUCUAUCCAUAUUUUACUGAAAGUUUUCAUAGAUUGCAGUACUCUGUCAAACUUUUGGAAUUCGCACAUCAGGCGAUGCAAUUCUGGAAAGAAGCAUUAACAGUUAAAAGACCAGAAAAAACUAAUCAACUUGCUCAAAGAUAUUGUGAAAGUUCCAAUAACUACAUUACUUAUCCAAAGGAUUCUGUUUGUAUUGAAUCACGAUGCCAAAUUCAAGCAAAAUGUGGUCAUGUCGAUGUCCCAAAUGAAUAUUCAUCUGAAUGUUCAGAAAAGUACAAUGGAAGGUUGCAUAGACUAUACACUAAUGGGAGUGGAAUUCCAUCUGCUGGUUAUGUCCUACUUUUUGACGGUUAUCAAACAAGAAGCUGUACUGGCAACGUAGCAGCUCAUGCUGGAUCUUGUUUAAUGGAUCUAGAUACUGACAGACCAAUUCUUGGAUAUGUUAAUGUAUGUCCAGGUAAACUAAAAAUUGAAUAUCCUGAGAAUAGAUAUUCACUUGGAAUUUUCACUCAUGAAAUUGCUCAUGCACUUGGAUUCUCAUCAUCUAGUUUUGCAUUUAUGCGCUUUCCUAAUGGAACUGAACGAACUCCCAGAGAUCAUUGGCACAAACCGAUUCACAGGGAUAAACAAGGUUAUUAUAUACCAAGCGACAAUACAAUGAUCAAAAUUACAAGGGAAUGGGAAAGUGCAGAAGGAAUGUUUAGAAAGGAUUUUUACUCUUUCGUUACACCAGCCAUCUUGAGAGCUGCAAAAAAGCAUUUGAAAUGUGCACGUUUAAAUGGAGUUGAUUUAGAAAAUCAAAAACAUCGUGGACCAAUUAGUUCUCAUUGGGAAGGGAAAACAUACGGAACUGAAAUAAUGACUGGAAGAGUAGAAGUAGACUAUGCUGUAUCUAAUUUGACUUUAGGUUUCUUUGAAGAUUCAGGAUGGUACAUCGUUAAUUAUGGAAAAGCUAUGAUUUGGGAAUAUGGUAAAAGAUUAGGAUGUGACUUUGCUGAAAAAAGUUGUUACGCAUUUGCUGAAAUUAAAAGACGCAGGAACAAAACAAUUCAUCCAUUCUGUGAUAAAGUUAAUUUAGUAACAUGUCGGGAUUUAUAUUCAUAUGGAAUAUGCCGUAUUAUUAAAUAUAAUCAUGAAAUUCCCCCUGAAGAUCGUUUUUUUAAAACUCCUCCAUUUGAAACUCCAUAUGCAGCUAAAUACUUUGGAGGUGAUGAUCCAUUUAAAGAUUAUUGUCCAACUCAAACUUUUGUUAUGAGUUCGAUGAACGAUAGAACGACAUCAUUUUGUACACAUCAUGAAAACACAGAAAUAACACGUGAGCAUAGAGUUAUCUCGUUAUGUGAUAUGUUCUUAUUCUUGAUGUUAAUCAGUUUCUAA